AUGGAUGAUGAGGGAUGCCUUAGAUUCACGUGCAAGUUCCGGGCUCCUGACAUUCCAGCAGCUUUUUCAUCGCAAACAGCGAGGCAGUUUCUGAAGGAAAUGCUCUCUGCAAGCGAGGCUCUGCCGGGAGGCAUGGACGGCGAACCUUACUGGAAUAGCUUCGCACCUGUGGCGAAAGCGGCCCAAGUCGCUACAGAUCCAGAAUCUAUUCGCCGGGCUGCCGAGGGCCAAGAAAACAGCAAGUUCGUCAAGUUGAGUGUUCCAGCUGCCAGAGUAGAGUCGGUCAAGGAGGAGAUUCUUCUUCGUCCGCUCGGCGAGGUGAGGUACAUUCGCACUGCAUGCCAGCACUAUGUGACACCAGCGACAGGCAUAACUUUCUACUCGAACAUGGAUGACUUGGCACAAGAUCGAGAUCGAGGUCUCGCAUCUGCAGCGUGUGCUACACCCGAGGUGGGCUUCUGUGCAACAUACACGCUGCGCAUCUUUUCUGAAGGCUUCUUGAAAGCCGUGAAGUUGCAGGCCGAAGCAGACUGGAAGCAGCUGGAGGAGACCUUGUUGCCGCUCCUGGAGGCAAGCAUCUUCCAGCUGAUGCCCUCAGCAAGCCUCCAAGUCCCGUUUCCAACAGCUCGGAGCAGCUCGGAGAAUAGCUUGGAGUCUGAGACUGGCGAAGGCCAGCGAGGCAACCGGGAGCGCACCGUGGAGGAGACUGGGCGCAGCGACUUCUGGCUGGCAGCUCACUACUACACGCGGUGGAUGGUGGACGUGGGCUCCGAUCCGGAACAGGCCGUGGCUCUGUCCAACCGAGCUGCGUGCUUUGCCAAGGUCGGCGAUUUUCUGGGAUCUCUGGAAGACGCCCGAGCUGCCAAGGAAGCUGAUGCGUUGCUUGUGCCUCGUGAGCAGACUCAGAGCAUUUGGGCCUUUCUUCAGGACUACUUGGAAGAGGCGUUUCAAGCCUACCGGCAAGCAGUCGAGCCGGCUGGCGCGUGCCUUCUCGGCAAUCUUCAUGCUUUGUGCUGGAGCCAGGCAGACAAGCUGAGGAGUAUGCUCAGGGCAACGCAUCCUGGGCCUCCGCAAGCUUCGGCUACGAACCCAGCCUUCAAAGGCGAUCUCCAUGGCGCAAGCAGGGAGCGAGCUGUUGUGAAGGCCAAGCUGCCCGUUGCAGAGAUGGAGGCUUUUGCAAGAAAGGAAGAGGAGCUGGUGGAUGCAGAAAGCCGUAUCAAUGCUGAAGAAAACUUCCGGGAAGCGACAAAGAAAGUCCAGCAGGCCACAUCCUCCGAGGACAUUUUCAACUUAGCUGUGCCUUGCCUCAGCUGGACUGCCUUCCGCCUGCCUGUCUGUGCGCUGCAUUUUAUGUCUGUGAUGCGGGUCUUUCGCUGGGUGAUUGGCGAUUGGGUUGCUGUCGGCGCCGUGCAAGAUGCACAGAUGGCCGCCCAGUUGCAGCGCGAGUGGCCCAAGGCCAGAUGCCGCCUUGGUGUUUCCCUUCUGGGAGCUGGCCGGCCGGAGGAGGCAUAUGUCCAGUUUGCGUGGGCAUUGGCCUUCGACAGUCACAGUGCUGUGGCUCGACAGGGUUUGGAGGCUUGCCUGACGGCGAUCCCUAGAUGGAGGCACCGGAGGGCGGCACAUUCCCGUCGCCUUGAAAAAGACCGCGUUCGUCCGAGAGACUCGACGAAGGUCUGGGUGGUCUCGGACUUGUUCUUCGACGCGAAGAGCAAUGCGGAGUGGUGCAAUGCGCUGGACGACGCGAAGUUUCAGGAUGAUGUUCUGAUCGUUGCUGGCAACGUCGCCGACACGCUCCACAGCAUCAUCCGGGGACUCAAGGUGCUCAAGUCCAAGUUCCAUCGACUCUUCUACGUACCGGGAAACCGGGAUCUUGCACUCAAUGCAAGCGAGGUGCGAACGGCUCGGUUCCCUGAUUCCAUUGCAAAGCUUCUGGGACUACUGGCGGCCUGUGACCAAAUUGGGGUGGAUAUGUUUCCAGCGGCAAUCUCCCAGGAUGUGUACGUGGUCCCGCUGCACUCAUGGUACAAUGCUGAGUUCGACAAGAAAAGUCGUCCAGAUCCUAAUCACGGCUUCGAUGCCCAAUGUGUUUGGCCGCUCGACCCCAACCAGCUGUGGAAAUGGAUGCUGAAGCUGAACGAGGUAUUUCUAAAGCCUCUGCAGGGCACCGUCCUGACCUGCUCCCACUUCGUACCCCUGACAACGCUGCCCUUCGACGGGCUAGGCAAGCAGGCACAAGCCAUGGGGUGUGAAGAGAUUGAGGACCAGCUACGUCGAGUGCGAAGUGCUGGUCACGCUUAUGGCCAUGCCUCCAUCCGAACGUGUCAGGUCCACGGUGGCGUGACCUUCGUCAACCACGCCCUGGGCCUUUUGGAGGAUAGUGAGGCGGUGCCUUCACCACGGCUCCUCUUCGAUGGUCACGCGGUGGUGACCUGA